ACGUUACAAUAAGUAGGUAUUAAGUACAAGAGUACAAUAUGUUAUGCUGUAUAAUGUAUUAAUCUAAUGUUGUGCCGUUGUGCGGUCUCUUGAUUGCGAAUGACUGAUUUCUAUUUUAUAUUUCUAACAGCAAGAUCAGUGAUCAGAUUGUGAAUUUAAUAACAUAAUAUUUAUUGUUAACUACUAUUUUUCUGUUCGUCAAAAAAAUGUUACCGGAUUUUUUAUGUAGACCACUUAUUAUGUUAUUUGGCAUAUUGUAUCCAGGAUAUAUGUCAUUCAAAGUGCUCAAAACAAAGCGAUCAACAAAUUAUGGUAUAUGGCUAAUGUAUUGGAUAACAUUUUCGAUGUUCACUUCAGUAGAGACCAUAACAGAUAUAUUUAUUGGUCCUUGGUUUCCAUUUUAUAAUGAGCUGAAGCUUUUGUUUCUUUACAUGACUUAUCCAACUUCAGACAGCUCUUUAACUUAUGUGUACAAAAAUAUUAUAAAUCCGUUUAUAAAACGACACGAAAAGGCUAUUGAUGCUCAAAUAAGCAGUUUGAGGAGUGGUGGCUUACAAACAUUCAUGGUAACAGGCAAAAUAUGUACUAACUUUUUCUUGAGCCAGGCUAUAAAAGUUUUCCAACUUUAUGGGAUACAAGCGGUUCAGUUACAAAAUAUUAGUAUGAAUAUGAAUACAGCAUUGAUUGAGAAUAGUGAACCAGACGGAGAUGUUAAUUGGGAAGAAGUCAUUAAUGAUUCUGAAGAUGAAGAUGACACUUCUUUCAAGAUGACUAGUUCUUCAGAAUCUUUAGCUUCUUUAGUACAAGAAGAGCCUCCUGAAUAUUCCUUCUCUGACAUGUAUGGUAAUAUACAGACAAAAGACAACAAAAAAACAUAUGAUCCACCAUCAUCUAACACACGAAGAAGAAGAAAAGCACUUUGAAAAUAAACUCAAAUGAAUUUAUAUAUUUAUCUCAUAAAAAAAAAACUGUAUACAUUUUUUCUAAGUUGUAU